AUGGAGUAUGUUUCGACCCGAGUCGUUGAACAAAUAUGGAAGGACAAGUUCAUGUGGCUUUGGGAACAUGGUAAAGAGGGAAACGAAGCUGCGGAUUUUGUUUUCCCUAUUCUCAUCCAUCCAGAUACCAGCGAUAGAUUCGUGAAGUGGCUUCAGGGGUUUGGGGAUAGUGUUCAGUUUUAUACUCAUGAGCAGAUUGCUACCGCUUGGUUGAGUGUGAAACAGAAGGAGGUGUUGGGAAUUUAA